UCUCCGACUCCGAUAGUGUAAGGAGUAUUGAGCAGCUGUGCCGUACAAUUUCUCAAGAUAUUACAAGAUAUUACAAGAUGUUCAAACGCACCAUACUCAUUUACUUAUCGAUUAAUCAAAUCAUUUUGAUCGAAAUUAAAUUCUCCCAUUGAGAUGGUCCUUUAGGUUUGGAGAACUUAUCCAAUCAAAUAAGGAGCGUUGUCUAAAUAUUCUUAGCGUGAACUUGCAUAAGAAUCGUCAACUUUGAAGGGGUGUUCCGAAAUUUGAAGUGGACGUCGGGAGAGAGGAAACGGGAGAAGGAAGAAAAAUCGGGCGAGAAGAAGAGGAGGUGUCAGUCGCUGUUACUUCGUCGAUCGUGCCCGGCACGUGCGCGUACCCGGUCCCUCGUGCCUUUGGUAGAAGAAGGGUGCAUCGGUAGAAGGAGCGAAGAAGGAGAGAAGAAAAGGAAGCGGUCGAAGCGAAAAGAGACGGCAGUGUGCUCUGAACCGUCAAGCGAGACGCUGAGGAAGAGAGCGAGAUUGGUGCACGCGCAUUCAGAUACGUAUCCGCACCACGUGACUCUUUCGGGACACGUUCAGCCCUUGCUUAAAUACUAUCGUGUUCAAAUCGAUUGCGGUUGCGCAAUACUUCAUCGGAAAAAAUAUCCUGCGGCGAGUUUUAUGUCAACAACACGAAUGGAUCGAUAGAAGAACGCAGUGCUGUUGUGAUUCUCUGACGAGACUAAAAAUGAUCCGCGUGAGGAUAGAUUCGCAUUAUUACAUACGCGUGGAUUGAAGAUGAUCGAUAUGAACUACGGUGAUCGUGUGUGAGUAAAAAUACGAAGAGUUAUUACGUGAACAGCAGUUAUAUUAACGUACGGGGUUGCAUCAAGAUGAAGACAGUAUUACAGAUUACGCCGUACUUAGCGGCCUUGAUCCUGACAAUAAUUGCGGAGGAUAAACCAACAAAUACGGUCUCGGUUUCCUCGGUUUCCUUGGAUUCGCCGAUAGAAUACCAAAGCAACACGAUAAGGAAAGUGAUGAGUUACUUGGGAAAGUAUGGGCUGGAUGACCAGAGAGCGCUGAAGAAAGUGUAUUUAAGCAACAGGUCGAUCACUUGUAAUGACGGAUCACAGGCUGGUUUCUACCUACGAAAGUCCCACGGUUCCAGACGAUGGAUCAUAUACCUGGAAGGCGGCUGGUAUUGCUAUGACCACAAGAGUUGUAGGACCAGGUGGAUGCGGAUGCGGCAUCUGAUGACGUCAACUCAGUGGCCCGAGACACGCGACGUGGGCGGGAUGCUCUCGCCGAAUCCCGAUGAGAAUCCAUUCUUUUGGGGCACGAAUCACGUUUUUGUUCCUUAUUGCACGAGUGACAGCUGGAGUGGUACUAGGGCCUUCAGAUCGUCGAAUGACAUGUUCUCCUUCAUGGGCGCAGAAAUCGUGGUCCAGGUCAUCCGGGACUUGGUUCCCCUUGGCCUCGAAAACGCGAGCGCCUUUCUUUUGGCUGGUAGCAGCGCGGGCGGCACUGGCGUUAUGCUAAAUUUGAAUCGCGUUCAUAAUCUGAUACAUCACGAAUUGGGCUUGAGACACGUUGCUAUACGUGGUGUAUCAGAUUCCGGAUGGUUUCUCGAUAGAGCGCCUUACUCUCCGAACGGUUUAUCGCCGAUCGAUGCGAUACAAAAAGGAAUGGAAUUAUGGAACUCUCAGAUGCCUCGUAAUUGCGUGAUUAGAUAUCCCAACGAGCCAUGGAAAUGCUUUUUUGGAUAUCGACUCUAUCCAACUUUAUCCGCACCAUUAUUUGUCUUUCAAUGGAUAUUCGACGAGGCCCAGAUGAAAGCUUAUAACGUGGCUGCACCAGUGACAAGACAGCAAUGGGAUUAUAUACAUAAGAUGGGCGACAGUCUGCGGCAGACGUUUGAAAAUGUUACUGCGGUCUUUGCCCCGAGUUGCAUUAGUCACAGUGUCUUGACGAAAAGAGAUUGGAAGAUGAUUAAAAUAGAUGAGGUUUCUUUUGCACAGGCGUUGUUUUGCUGGGAUCAAAUGCCGAUCGGAAAUUAUCGUAAUAACCAACAUAAUAAUACUCACUCGCAAAUCGAGACCAAUCAACCGUGCGGGAAGUCACUGAAAAAGCUAUUGCGUUCUGGUACCAGAAAGGGAAAUGGUACCUCGAUCGAAGGCGGAAAAAGCAGAGUUGGAUCUUCUACGGAAACACAAAAAGUUCGAUUGUCUGUCGUUGGCAAAAUGCAGGAAAGAAAGCCGGUCUCCAAUUCGGUUCAAGAACGGGAGAAUAAGAAGAGACGAAAGAGGAAACAUAAAAGCAGAAGGAGAGAGAGAAAGGAGAGAGAGAAAAGUAAAGAGGGGAGAAUGAAGAAAGAGAAACAUCAGCGAAGAAAGAACGCUGGUCGUCGCAAAGGCGGCAAGCAAGUCAACGGCAAUAACCAUACGGCUAUAUUUAAUGGCAUCAGGCCACAGCGAUCGGUAAUACCGUCAUUCAAACGGAAGUGCAUCAAGAAUUGCCAUUUCCGUAUGAUCGAGCGUUGCACUUGGCCGCAAUGUAACCAUAGCUGCCCCAAGCUACAUAAUCCUUUUACGGGCGAGGAAAUGGACUUUAUUGAACUCCUCAAGAGCUUUGGUCUAGACAUGAAAAGUGUCGCGAAUGCUCUCGGCAUCGAUAUACAUACGUUGAAUAGACUCGCUUCGUUGAAAAGACAAGAAAGCCGAGAGAAUGGAAAUUUCAAUUGGCAUUUUCGCCGAUGGACAAGGGGAAACGAGAGUUCUGGCGUGUAGAAAAUGUAUAUUUCAUUGUAAUUGUACGAUUACAUGAAUAUCUUAAUUUAUUAUAAUUUAUAGAUAAAAUAACGAAUCAUGUAAGUAUGUUUUACGAAUUAAUUCGACGUUCUUGACUUGGUUCAGAUUCUGUCAUCUAAUUCGAAAAUUCGAAAAAUAGAAUCUUUCCAUUGUGCUUUUUUUAAAAGAUCCUUUAUUUCAAAUCAAUGUUUGAAUAUAACUUUAUCACAUCACAUCAGAAAUAAUUAUAAAUUGAAUUUGUCAUAUCUAAUUGUCAUAUUUGAAAAUUAGUUGCAACUCAGUUACGUAUGCAAAAGACUGUGUAAAGGAUCUUCCAAUGGCAAAUAGGACUGAUUUUUUUAUGUAACGUCGGAACGGAAUUCAUAAAUGAUUAACUGACCGACAAAGCAGCUUCAUAGACUGAUUAAAUUAUCUACCUCAACGAAUCAAAUCGUAUUAACGUCCUUCAUGUACUAUAAUUGUCAACUUAGAACAUCAUGAUAAGAACAGUUAUUGUAAGUUAAUGCGCGUAAAAUAUAUAUAAAGUAUAUUGUACCUAUGUUUUCAAUUCUGUAAUAUAACUCUGCCAAGAUACUAUUAUUUAUUUAAUGUAGUAUAUAGAAUCCGAUGAUCGCAGCGUGACAUAUAUUUUUUAUCAUAUACACAUAUAAUUUAAUAUAUUGAUGGUAUCAAUGAAAAAUAACAAAACAAAAAUAACAAAACUACAAAACUAUAAUUCGUCAAGAAAAUUAUGAUAAAUUUUUUCUCAUGUACUCAUGUUUUGUUUAUAUUGAUAUGAAAAGAUAGAAAUAAAAUAGCAAAUAAAUGCAAAAUUACAGAAAUUAAAGGCA